AAUUCAUGAAAUAUCCUUACAGUGUUAUAAACCAGAUUUUAUAGUAAAAUAAAAUAAUGAUUAUAGAUCUGACUACUCUGUUAUCUGACAAAUUUAUCCCGAAAAAGGUUGUAGGGGAGCCAAAAAUAUCAAGACUCUUAGCUAAAGGUGAAAAUUUUGGAAGUGAAAUGCUGAAGGUUGAUUUCGUACUAGAAGAUGAACAGGGAAAAAGAGAAGAAAUGUAUGCCGUUGCAAAAAUACUUCCGGAAUCGGAAUUAUUUAGAAACAUAUUUAAUGUUCAGGUAACUUACACGAACGAAAUGGCUUUUUAUGAAGUAAUUGUGCCAACUUUACAACAAUUUCAAAGAUCAUUGGGAAUUACAGAAAUUAUUGAUUGUUUUCCGAAAUGUUACGCCACAAGAAAAAACAUACUCGGAAACAGUGAUACUAUAACUAAUGAUGCUGUUAUCAUAUUGGAAAAUUUACACGUACUUGGUUUCAGGAAUUGGGAUAAGAGAGCAGGUCUGGAUUUGGAUACAACAAAGUUGAUUCUACGUGAUUUGGCCCUUCUUCAUGGAGUAUCGUUAGCCCUCAAAAUUAAAGAUCCUAAUACUUUCGAAGAAAAAAUUAAACGAUACUGUGUACCUUAUACUCCAUCGCAUCACGAUAUUAUUCCGAUUUUGAAGUUAAUUAUUGAAGAAAAUAAAGAUUUAGCCCAUUUAUCAGAAAAAUAUGUGGGAUGGGGAUUGAGUCCUCUUUCUCCCAUAAACGAACCGUUCGCAUGCUUAACGCACACAGAUCUUUGGACGAAUAAUACGAUGCAAAAAUUAGUAGAUGGUAAAGCGACUUUGAACAAACUGGUCGAUUUCCAGGUUUACCAAUAUGGUUCUCCAGCAACAGAUAUAUUUUUCUUUUUAUGGUCUUCAGUAAAACAAGAAGUAUUAGAGGGGAAACUAGAUUAUUUAUUAGAAUAUUACCACGGAGCGUUACUAGAAGUGCUACAAAAGCAUCAUUGUAAUGUUGACCGUUUUCCAUUUCAAACAUUUUUAGAUGAAAUGCAAUCAGUUUCAAAAUAUGAAUUUGGUCAUGCUUUUAUGUUCCACAAUCUAAUUGUUAAUGUUAAAGAGGGUGGUUACGACCUCGAAAAAUCUGAUGUUAACAGUAUUUAUCAAGAUGUGCCGCUCAACGUUAAAGAGAAAUCUUGGUUUAUGUUGAGAGAAUGCGUGAAAAGGGGAUGGUAUUAGGAAUUAAAUAUUUUUGUUAUAAAAAAUAAAUAAAUAAAAACAGAAAUACAUUUUAUAAUAAAGAAA